GUUCUCAACGGCUAGGGUUUCGACGUUACCGAAGUAUAUCAGAGUUGAAGUGAAAUGAGGCCGAUUUUCUGUGGGAACUUUGAGUAUGAUGCCCGACAAUCUGACCUCGAGAGGCUAUUCAGAAGAUAUGGAAAGGUUGAUAGAGUCGACAUGAAGUCUGGUACGUCUGACUGCAUUGAAAUGUUUGUUCAAGAACAUGUAAUUUGUUUGCUAAUAAACUUGAUUUAAGGAUCAAAUUCAGUCAUUUGAAUCCUAUGCAGUCAAGAUUUUCUGAACAUCUUGGUCAUUUGUUAAGGGAAUUAUGCAAUAAUUUUCACAUGCUCUUAUAUAUCUAUUGGAGACAAUGCUCUUAUAUUUACAAAGUUUGGGAGAGCUUGAUGGAUUAGAUAGACAUACUCCUAUACGGUAUAGGCCUGCAAUUUGUCAAAUUAAUGGAGGUGAUAUAUCUGAAAAGUCAGAUUAUUAACUAUUUCAAUGUCAUUAAAACUGAACCAGUUACAUCAAAUACAAUGUAGGAGUUGAUUAUUCUAUGUGAGUAGGAAUAAUACAUAAAUACGACAUAUAUACAUGCACUGUGUUUUGAGGGAGAAGCAUCGCUUACCACUGGCUUGAGUCAACAUCGCUUUCCACUGUAUUGGUCUGCUUGCGUGAAACACUUUCGUGCCACUGCUGCUUCACAAGGUGUUCUAUUGGAAAAUUGGUUGAGACAGGCUUCUCAGCUGAAUGAGAGACUGCAGAGACUGACUAGGUUCCGUGCCAGAAGCAGUAUAUGCGGCAAACUUACACAUUUGAUAAUAAGAGUGACAGUUCUAUUGAUUUUGGUGUGGAUAGUGACAGAGUGAUGUUUAAUGUGCAGUUCUGUAAUAUAGACGUGCAUAAAAUACGAUUAUAUCGUGGUUAAAAAAACCAAAAGAUUUAGUGGAUGCCGAGUAUCACCUUCUCAGAGGACAAAGGAGUGCAAGAAGGCUGUCUGACAAGCUUUGGGAGAGUCCUGUGCAUACAGGAGCCACCGCAGCAGACCACACAUACUGCUUGCAUGUUGACGACUUAAGUGUUUCCUUGUUGAGUUUCAUGGGGUGUCAGGAUGUGUUUAAAGCAAGAAAGUAUAUCUUUAUAAGUGUGAGACCCCCAUACUCAACUAAUUCUUUGACGCAGGAUCUCGUUGCAUUGUCCAUACGCUCCCUGGCUGAUGGAAGGGUUUCUUCUGCAUUUCAUUUCCUGGCAGUCACAAGCGACCUCUUCUAAUUUCCUAGAAGAGCCCUCUGAUCAUCCAUGGCAUCACCAUCCCACAUUUUCCUGAGUCAUAAUUGAAUUCAUUCCUCAUGACUUUUGCCCAUCCUUCAUUUUUCCACGUUACACGCAGACCUAGAAGCUGAGGCAGCCGAAUAAAUUGGAGCAGGAACUCACUUUACAUUGUGAUGUCAUGAGACAUCCACCUUUGGAUAGUUGUCCUCCAUUGACAUCACUUAGUUCACUGGCCAAGGUUUUGCUUUUGUUUACAUGGAGGAUGAAAGAGAUGCAGAUGAUGCAAUUCGUGCACUUGACCGAAUUGAAUUUGGUAGAAAGGGCCGUAGACUCCGAGUUGAGUGGACAAAGCAAGAACGAAGUAGCAGGCGGCCAGAGAGCUCUAGAAAAUCUUCAUCCAACUUGAGACCCUCAAAGACUCUGUUUGUCAUAAAUUUUGAUCCAUAUCAUACCAGAACAAGAGAUUUAGAGAGACAUUUUGAUCCAUAUGGGAAAAUACUAAAUGUAAGGAUCAGGCGGAACUUUGCCUUCAUACAGUAUGAAUCUCAAGAAGAUGCAACAAAAGCUCUGGAUGCGACUAACAUGAGCAAAUUGUUGGAUCGUGUUAUCACUGUUGAGUAUGCUAUCAAGGAUGAUGAUGAGAGGCGGAAUGGAUAUAGCCCUGACCGAAUUCGUGACAGAUCACCGCGGAGAGGCUAUGACAGGGUCAGGUCCCCCAGUCCAUACAAGAGAGAGAGAGAAAGUCCUGAUUAUGGGCAUGGUCGUGGCCGUAGCCCGAGUCCGUAUCGCCGAGCAAGUCCUGACUAUGCUCGUGGGUCUAACCGGAGUCCCAGUAGGAAAGAAAGGGAUCCGAGGCGUGGUCAUGACCUAAGUGCAAGUCCCAGGAAGGAGAGAGACUCUGAUUACAAACAUAAACACAGCCCUAGUCCUCAGAGGGAGAGGUCCAAUGGUGAUAUUGGUGCUCACACCAGUCCAGGAAAGAGGGUAAGUCCAGAUUAUGGCCGCGGUCCCAGUCCAAGCCCUCAAAGAGAGCCAGGAGAGAGGGUACCAAGCCCUGAUGAUUAUGCUCGUGAUAGAAGUCCUGCUUACAGUGACGCAGAAAGCCCUAGGCCUGAGCGUUACGGGAGUCAAUCACCCCCAGCACGGGAAAGGUCUCAAUCAUAAUAUGCAAGGCUUGCUGUGUCAUGGAAGCAGAUGCAAUGUGCUGCAGUUCACAAACUUCAUACAAGCAUGGCAACGUAAUCAUACCCAUGACUUAGUCGUUAGCAUAUUUUAGAUCCUCUUUGGUUUUAUUUUUGUUAGCUCUGUGUUGUGAACUUUGCUACACUGAAUGUAGUUUGUGUGCUGUCUUUGGUCUUUGCAACAAGAUUUUGAACUGCCCAUACCUUUGCUCGGACAUGUGGUGUAUGUAUCUCUAUCGGAGUCUUUGUUAACUGUGUAAACAUGUUACCAGUACAAUCCCCUAGUUAGCUUAAUGAUGGGUGGAAGGGCGUAAUCGUUACCAAUGUCUUAUUCGUUUA